CCGAAUUUAUUCAAAUUUAUGAGAAGGCUGUAGAGAGUAUCACAAAUAAAACUGAGAAAUUUGUUUCAGAAAACUUUGAUAAUGAGACAAAAUGCGAGCCAAAAAAUGUUGAAGAUGUAUUAAUGGAGUAUGAGAUGAGUAAAGAAAAUAGUUCCCUUUCAAAGUGUUUGUGCUUUAAAAGGGGUCUUCAUUAUUUUGAAGCUUUCCUUCCUUCUAAGAAGCCAAAAGAACCUUCUUCAUCAAACAAGGAAGACUGCAUAAAUCGGCUUAUCAAUUUAAUUAUUAAUUGUAAAGUGUUUAUUAGAGAUUUAAAUUAUGAUGGAGAAGAAGGCUCUUUGAUUGAUAUAUUCUCUUUUAUGGAGAAAGAUGAGAAGUUGGAGGGGACUUUGAAAAAGAUUUUUGAGUUGUCUAAAAUACAAAGUAAAAAAUUGGAUAAAGCUAUAAAUGAGAAGAUUUAUAGAGAACAUUUGGAAAAUAAAGCUAUGGAGUAUGAAGAAAGAAAAGAAUGCAAAAAUGCAAUUGUGGAAGGUGCUGGCCCAGUUGGUUUGUAUGCUACCUUCAAACUUUUUAUUGGUAAAUCUUUAUUGUUUUAA